AUGAAUUCACCACAAUUAAAUUCCGAUUUACAUUCAGAAGUGGAACAAUAUGCUUUUACUCCUAGUUUCUUGGAUCCUAAUAGAAUAAGAUCGCGGCGAAAUACUUUUACUUAUGGUGAUUUCUCUCCCUGCCCUUCUCCUACUGUUGCCUCUAGUUCUGUUGAUGCUCAUAGUGAACUCGUUCCUUAUUCAAAAGAAUGGACUGUUAUAUUGCGUAGUGAGAACGCUGGUCAACUCGUUCUUUACAAUACGACUAAUCGUCGCGUUUCAGUACGACGGUUACCUCAAAAUAAUUCUAAUCAGGUUUCUUCUGACGCCAACAUGGCUUUGUCUUCUCCUCAUAUGUGUGCGUUGUGUCGAAGACCCCUUCUUUCAACUACUACGAAUUCUGAAAACGUACUUAAUGGACAGUCUACUCCAUUCGUACAACCUUCAGAUUCAACACAAUCUUCUUCCUCCUUUUUGGAUCCUAUUGUAGAAAAUAUUUCAUCCCUUUCUGAAAGCUCCUUUAAUCAAGGAUAUUAUGAAAGGUUUUUUAUUGAAGAAAGAAAAUUGGGUAGAGGUUCUCGUGGUUCGGUAUUCUUGUGCAAGCACGUAUUGGACAAUGUUCAUCUUGGUGAAUAUGCUAUCAAGAAAGUAGCUGUAGGUGAUAAUCAUUCAUGGUUGGUUAAAAUGUUGAGAGAAGUUCAUUUAUUGGAAAGAUUACAUCACCCAAAUAUUGUGGAUUAUAAACAUGCUUGGUUGGAGCAUCACCAGUUAACAAAUUUUGUUCCAUGUUUAUUCAUAUUAAUGGAACGUGCCAAUGGUGGCAAUUUAGAAGAAUUCAUUGAUGUUCAACCAACCACUUUUUCCAUGCAAAAAGAUUUUAAUGAACAUCUUACACCAAAAGAACGUUUACUUCGUGCGAGACGAAUGUUUCAUACUGGCCAUCUAAGUGAACAGCCAACACUCAACUCUCCUUUACCUUCAAAACGACAUUUGAGCCUUCGUGAAAUUUGUUCAUUAUUUAUGGACAUUUGUGAAGGUUUAGAUCAUUUACAUAAACAGGGUAUCGUCCAUCGUGAUUUAAAACCUCCUAACUUACUAUUACAAUACGAUAAUUCGGAAGACUUGACUGGAAUGUUC